AUAUUGUCCACUAGGUGGCAGAAACGAGCAACAAGAGUUCAGUACAGCGUCAGAAUGCUUUUCCACGUGGGCUGUACAAACAUUUGGACUUCUUUCAUUGCUUCGUUUUCAUUAAAGCGUUGCACAUCACAACUCACCUACGUGCACGAGCACAAACACACCUUCAGCAGUUUCCUUUAUGUGAUAUUAUGAGCCUUGCUAUGGCAGCCAAGCCCUUAGUUAUGUUCUAAAGAAUUUGGCAACGACUCAAGGUUUUAUCCUCCUUUUCGUUCAGUUCUAAAUUCUUCCACUGAGGAAGCGUACGCUGCUGAUGAUGCAUGAAUAGAGUUUGCAAUCAAGGCCACGAAUUCUCCCCACUCAAUGUAAUAAGUGAGACGGGGUUAAUGCACUCUAACAAAGUGUGCACGCAUGAUAACAUCAUAAUACACCACAGGGGAUGCUCUGGCCAGUCUUCCUGCACUAGGCACUCAAUGUAAUUAAACUAGAAGGUUCCCUUGGGUGCAUGCAGGGUGGGGUACGGGAGUGGGGGUCGAAGGUUUGCUGGUGUAGGAGGGCUAGAAGCGACAGGACAGGCCUUUCCUCAGGAAAACAUAUCACCUUCCACCACAAUAGAGCUCACCAGGAAACCAUGGGCAGCCACAUUGCUCUCUUGAGUCAAUGAAUACUUUCAGACACACUCUCACACUCAUCAGUCACACACGCACACAAAAGCCUGCACACUCCAGGAUGACACGCUACUGAAAGACUGUGAGAAUAGCUUCUCAGGUGUGAAACAGGUAACGUCUUUAAUAGAUGGUGUCUACUCGUCAGACACUUCACCAGGUCUAAUCGCAAGUGCAACCAUGCCCAUUCUAAAGAAGCUCCCAGGUAGGUCAAAGAGCUGCCAUGAAUUCCCCAGAGUGAAUGGUGAACUUAUUCUCUCGAGGCUUGAAUUGGACCUCAAGGACUUGAAUGAUCUUAAUGAUCUGAAGGAGUUGCACAACCUGAAAGAGCUGAAAAAGAACCUAAACCCAUUUGAGGAUGUUGACCUGGAUGAGGAUGAGAGGAACGACGGUGACACGGGCCUCAUCAUGGGGGACGUCAGGGGUAACCUACAGCUCAGGUCCUCUCGUGAUGGAGAAGAGGAAGAAAAUGAACUCAACGCCGAGAGACACGGGGCGGGAAAUCCCAAAGGAAAGCCGCUAAGGGGCACCCUGGAGCGGAUUUGUGGUGUGUCACCACUGAAAACCCUUGGAAAAUUGGGCAAGGGGCUCCGCAAAUCUGGACGAAGCGUGUGGGGGCACAACUCACCACACUAUAGCCCCGGAGACUCAUACACACUCCCAACAGAGAGAGAAAAAAGGAAAGGACUACGCAGAAGCUCAGAGGGAAUUAUGACUCUAUUCCGCAUUACUGGCCGUUGUAAAGAGGAGCGCAGAGAAAGCCUGCCCUGUGGGGACCUGAGUGCAGACAACGAGGCGGAGGCUUCUAGGCGGUCCUCCUUCCUCAGGAUGGUCAGCCUUGGCAAGCUGAAGAGGGAAUCCAUGUCCGACAAGGCCUCAGAGGAGACUGAGGAUGAAUCAGAGGAAGAGGAGCCAGUGGUCAAAACCAGAGAGCCCCUUUCAGUACUGGAGAUUCUACAGUUAGUCAAUCAUCGAGACCUGCUCCUUGCCGACACACAUAUUCAGGAACUAGAACGAGAGUGUGAGCUGUUGUCUCUCCUGCCAACUCCAACUGGUCCCCUCCUCAGUCAUCCUUUUAGUCCCUGCAGUCCUCUUGGCAUGAUUCCCCAAUCAUGUUCAUCUUUGGAUGAGUCACUCAGUUCCAACGCAACUCUGGAUUCAAGUCGCCGGAAAGAGAAGGAUGUAGAGCUCCUCUAUGAGGCUUUGAUGAAGGAGAUGUGGGAUGUCGUGAGAGAAUCUCUCCGGCAACCCAGCGCUGGGCCCAAUCUUGGGCUUGUGGUACUGGUUAUUCAACAGGAAGAGCAUGCAGAUGUAACCUGGGCUCUCAGAGGGGACAGUAAGCCAGAACGAGAUCCGGACGUGGCUCCCCAGACCCAACAAAGCCACCGUCCUCGGCGAAUGAAGAUGAAGUGGAGAGAAGCUGUGGCAGAGGCUGCUGAUUGGAGCCUGCCGCACCAGGUGGACACUCAGGCAGGCCAGCUGGCGUCAUACCUGGAGCGCCUGAGGAGUCGGAUGGUGGAUGACGUGGACGCAGCCAAGAGGAACGCCGUGUCCAUUUACCCUGAGGAGUUCUCUGCGUUUCAGGUGUAUGUGGAAAGUUAUCAUCAAGCCGUGGCUAAACGUCUAAGAAACCUUACCCGUGGCCCACUGCAGAUAACUGAUGUCUACUCACUGUUGGACUGGUUCUACAACAUCUACAACCGUGAUGUUCUGGGAACCAUUGGCACUGCAACGCCAAUCAACUAUGCCUCCCUGGAACCUAUUCUGCCUCCAGACACGGUGGACCAAUUAGAAAAGGAGUGCCUUAAUAUUGUCAAAGAGAAGGUGACAAAAGAGUUAAUUCAGGUUCUGGAUGACGAAGAGAGACGAUGGGCCCAUACUCUACACAUAGAGGAAUAUCAAUCCCACCUAGCACGCUCGGUCAUUCAGAGGCUGAAAGUAGAUCUAGACAAAUCUACAUCUGUAAACCAGUUCCUAGGGGCAAGAGUGGCUCGCUUUAGUCUCAUCGGCUUGGCUGACUUUCUUUAUAGUUUUCAGAGAAAAGUAGAGAUGUUUCAUGAGACCCAGGCAGAGUUUGGUGAUCGAGGUGAUGGAUAUGUUUCCAGGACCAUUGCUCUAGUCAACUGCUGCCCUCCUCUCAGAUCCUUCGUGGAGCGCUGCAGGCAGUGUGACCCACAGGCCAGCGAGGACUCAGCAAAGAGAGCCAACUCCUCCCUGGAUAGGAUCAUCAACCAGUCUGUGAGGGUGCUGGCUGAUCGGCUGUUUGAGCACAUCAGGCCCUUUUUUGACAAAAUGAUCAAGAGAAAAUGGCUGAACAACACAGACACAUUUGAGGCCAUUGAAGCCAGCGUUAAACAACACUUCAAAAAGUUCAGAAGGAUGGAUCCUCCACCGUAUCAGACGCUGGUGGGUGAGGUUCACCGUCGGGUCCUGGUAGAAUAUGUCCGAGCCAUCAUGCGGGGACGGCUCAUUUGCACCUCCUCCAAGAUGAGAAAGAGAAUGGCUUUCCGCUUACAAGAUGAAGCCAAACAACUUAAAGGACUCUUUAAGGAUUUGGAAUCAAGUUCAUCUUGGUUGGACGGUCUCAUCUGCCACCUCGCUGACAUUGUUCUCCUGGAAGACACACCCUCCAUCCAAAUGGAGGUUGCCGUCUUGGUGAAAGAGUUUCCAGAUAUUCGGCAGAAGCAUGUCUCCACCCUGCUGAACAUACGAGGCAUGAUGCGUCAGACGGAGCGUCUCGAGAUCCUCAACAUAGUCAAAGACUUUCAGUGCAGCUCUGCCUUAAUCUGCCGCGACCGUGCCAUCUUUUCUGAGAUCCCCAUUACCUCCGAGGUGCACUGCAUUAGCCUGGGAUUCCUGCGUCUUGCCAUGGCUGUCGCCAACUGGUUCUCGGAGCACCGACCAAGGCAAACCCGCAGGAAAAUAGCCAGAAACACAAGACUUCAAUCCACCGAGAGUCAGAACAUUGAAGACACAAAUAAAUCCAACAGAGAAGAAUAGCUAUUGGUGUGAAUGUGAGAAGAGCAGUUACAGUCAUACUGUGAUGGGAUGAGACAUACCUGUAUAUGCACCUUGACAAAAAACAAACAAAAAAAACAAAAAAAAACCCAAUGUUGACAGCGCCAGCUUUUAUACAAGCAGCAGGGUAAAGAAACUUGACUUGAGGUACUGCUCGUUCUGUUCACGCUCACAAAAAACUAUUCUGAGUUUUUUUUUUUUUUUUGGUCUAAACAGUCCAUGGACAGACACAAAAGAAACAGCAAUUCAUCUUAAGUUGUUUUGGGGCCCACAACCAGUAUGAAAUGAUAAUGCCAUCAUAAGCAGAGGCAAUUCAAUAUGAUGCUUUGUUGUUUAUCAUUUAUUUACCAGGUGAUAAAAAUAUAUACUGUACCCAUUAAUGGUUUAUAUACUAUGGCAAGAUAGUGAUGUGUUGAACUCUCACUGUGAAUGAUAUGGAUCCAUUGCUGGAAACCUAAUAAAGACCCAUUGAUUGGGUGGAUGGAGUAGA